AUGACCCCUGUGGCCUCCGACCCCACGAACCCCGUGGGCCAGGACAACUGGGUCGCCUAUGUCGAGGAAGCCUGUCGGACGGCGAAUGAUCUUGAAAAACGUGUCAAUGCGAUUGAACUCUACAAACGUGCCAUCUCUGCCGAGCCGGGCUCCCUGCGAAUAUGGCGGGCCUACUGCGAAUACUUCCACUCCCUCUACGUUGCGUGCCAAACUGCCGACCCAUCGUGGUCUGGCGAGGAAUUAAUGAUGGGCCGCGAAAUAUUCUCUCUUGAUGCCGACUUGCAGCUUUGGCAAAGUGCCUACGAGGAUCGCUUUUCAAGCUUUCUCUCCGAGUACAAUCGCCAAAGCUGGGAGUCCACAAUGAAGCAAGUCACGGCAGAUGCGCAAGGAGCCAAAGCCAUCCUCGGCGACCGAGAGCGAUUCGAGUUUCGUCUUGAGAAGGCAGUCCGCGCUCACGACAUUGAAGCCGAGGGCGUUGCGACCAAGGAAUACCUGGCUUGGGAGAUUGCGCAGACCAGGACUAAGGACGAGGGAUCUUAUAUGCGCGAUGAUCUCUGCCGUGGCCUAUUCUCCAGGGCUCUCACAGCCGAGGAAGCCGGGCUAUCCUUUGCUGAGAUUGAACAGAUCAAGCACGCCGCUACAAAUAAUUCUCAGAUCUAUAGGGAUGGUCUCACCAGCCUGUUGGAGAUGUAUGUUGCCUGGUGCGGAUACCUGAAGCGGACAGCCAUGAACCCCACUGCCUCGGAGGAGGCUAUCGACGUUGCAGAUGUUGGCUUGCCUGCCGCGCUCGAAUCUGUCGACGUCCUCGGCAAGCGUCUGUAUGACGACCAAUACCAAGGCGACCCCGAUUUUCGACUCGAGAGGAUCUACAUCCAAUAUCUAACGGAGAAGGAGGGCGAUCUGGAUGAAGCAAGGACGCAGUGGGAAAAGCUGGCAAGGAAGUCUCUAUACUCCGACCGUUACGACUUUUGGCGCGCCUACUACCUCUGGGAGAUGCAAAUAUUCUUCUCUCAGCCGAAAUCACACCUCAACUCCGCCCCGACCUCCGAUCGGCCCAUCCCAGGCAAGGCUACCGUAAUAAUAUCCCGCGCGGUCAAUCAAAAGACCCUUGACUGGCCCGAACGUGCUAUAAGUGCGUACUUGCAACACUGCAACGACUACGAAUCCCCGAACACGAUCCGCCGAGCUCGAGAUAAUGUUCACAAGGUCCGGAUAGUUGUAGCUAAACGGCGCGAGAGAGAGGCUGAGGAAGCUGCCGCAGCCUAUGCCCAGCAAGCGGAGGCGCAUCAACAAGCCCUCGCGGCCUCGGGAGUAGACACCAACCCCCUGAAGCGCACGAUCCUGUUCCUGCCGAUUCCCCAUCAGGCGCCAAAAGAAAGCGCGGCGACACCCUCGGUGAGAGACCGGGAGCAUACCACUGUGCUGAUUAACAACCUGCCUGCAGAUGCGACACAAACCGCCAUCAAGAAAUACCUGAAAGAUUUCGGCCGCAUCCAAAACAUAACCCUCGUGCAGAAUAAGGACACCGACACCUCAACGGCGUUGGUCGAAUUUGCGUCCGUGCAGGAUGCUACGGACGCUAUCAGCUUCCGCGACAGCAAAUAUUUUGGGCAAAAUCAAAUUCGGGUUACGUCUGGGGCGAAGCUUACCGUCUUUGUCACCAACUACCCUCCCGUGGCCGAUGACGAGUAUAUGCGCUCCCUAUUCAAGGAGUGCGGCGACAUUUUGAGCGUGAGAUGGCCUAGUCUCAAGUUCAACACGCGUAGACGCUUCUGCUACCUGUCCUUCAGGGACCAGGAGGCGUCUGCGAAGGCGGUCAAGUUGGAUGGGAAGGUCUUGGAGGGUACCUUUAAGCUCGAAGUCAAGUACUCGGAUCCGGCGAAGAAGAAGAAACGCGAAGGCGCAGUCUCCGAAGGCCGGGAAGUGCGGGUGUCGAAUCUAGACGAUUCUCUCAAGGAAGAGGAUAUACGCGACGUCUUUUCCAAAUAUGGAGGGCUUACUAGGGUCAACCUGGUUGAAAGUCGGCGAGGCAAGGGGUAUAGCAGUAUGUUUUUGGAAUAUGAAAAGAAGGAAUAUGCGGAACGGGCCGUUGCGGAGCUGAACAACACAAAGCUUCGCAGCCGCAUCCUCUCCGUUGAGUUAGCGGUUCAACCCAAAACCAAGGUGUCCGCCAAGGUGAUCAAUCCCGCGGCGCGCGAAGGAUCGCCGCGUGAUGCCGAAGGCGAUGAGGUUAUGCAAGACGGAGGUACGCCCACUGAAGCCGGUGGCGCGCAGACACGCCAUAGCGGUCCGGUAUCUGCGCGCAAGAUCGCGCUCAUGAACCUACCCGAAACUAUCAACCAUGCUCGGGUUGAGGCCCUUCUCAAGCCUGUUGGGGCGUUCCACAAGCUUGUUUAUCAGCCGGGUAAGGGGACGGCAGUGGUCGAGUUCUUCGACGAAGCCACCGCAGGACGCGCAUCUCUCCAGCUCGACGGAGCGGAGAUCGAGGGCGUCAAAAUCCAGACUGGAAGCCUCGCCGACCUUGCAAGGUUCACAAAGGCUGCUCCGGAAGAGGGUGCCCCCUCACGACAGGCCUCGGACAAGGACAAGGGAAAGAAGGUGUCGGCCGGCUCUGGCCCUGCUACCGGUGCCAAACCAGUCCUAAUGCAGCCUGUCACUGUUAGGCGACCAGUCCUUGGCCGAGGUGCGGUUCAAGCUCAGCGGCGGGGGAUACCCAAGGCUGGGUCGGAAGAGUCGGACGCUCAAAAGACCGAGUCCAAGCCCAAGUCCAAUGCAGAGUUCAAGGCCAUGUUUCUUUCAGACAGGCCGGGCGUUUCGGAGUCGAAGAAGGAUACCGUCUAA